UUCUUGUUUGUGAACUUACCUACAGAGAGCAGAGCAGGUUUCAGGGUUCACAGGGUGCCGGCAUGCAGCUUCCAUGUCAAAAGAGCCACUGCACUCCUGGAGCCCGGCUGUGAGCAGGCGACAGAGUGUGGUCAUCACACUUAGUGAUGCACCAAGUCCCCAGGAUGCGGGGUCACAGAGCUGGACCUCAUAUGGCCGACCAGCAGAAGAGUGAGCAGGAUUAAACUAAGUGGGUGAGAAAGCUGGUUGAAGUGCAGGUUUUUAACUGCUGAAUCUUCUAGGGGAAUACUAGAGAAACGCUUUAUGUUUCUCCAGGCACACCCCCUGUAGAAGUUGAUAGGACAGCAUUCCUGUCACUUAGAAAUCUCUGGUUUUUUUUUUUUUUUAUUGGGUGUAAACAUUAUCCAAUCAGGAGAAUAGUUGUGUGUGUGGCAAGGGCUUCCUCCAAUUAAACUCUGAGUUAAAGGCUGCUGGUGGGUGGUGCUCCAAAGUGGAAGAAGACACUGCAGGAAAUAAGACGCACUGAGGACCCAUCGAUUCUGUGUUUCUGGGGUCCCCUGGCUUUUCUCUACUCUUCUCUGUGUUUCCCUCAUCUUCUGCUGAUUUGGACCUUGGAGAGGAGUCUUCGGUAAAUUCAGCGCUGGAUGGAAUAUCGUGCAGUGAUAUCACGUGAGAAAGCUGUGCUGGUGGAUUUAAAGCAUAUUCUCCAGGUGCUGCUGUGACUACAAUUCAUUUUCUAGCCUGAAAAGGAAGUAGGAAGAGGAGUCUGAGGUUCUUCCAGUGCAGUGCUGUCAAACAAAACGACUUUGCUGGUGGAUUUAAAUCAUAGUCUCAAACUACUGUGAUUUCCCUUCAUUUUCUGCCCUGAAUUAAGAGGAGGAAGAAAUGGCAACUUCUCAGUGCUCAGUGACCUAUGAAGAUGUAACUGUGAUAUUCACUCAAGAGGAGUGGACACUAUUAAAUCCUUCAGAGAAGAAACUCUACAGAGAUGUGAUGUGGGAAAAUUUUAAUAACAUUCUCACAAUAGGAAAAUUACAAGAGGACUAUUACUCCAGUAAGCAGCAGCUUAACCACCAAGAAUGUAAACAAAGUAAUAUUGUCAAAAUCACAGAGGUCAACAAAAGAAGAAAAACUGAAGAAGGUGAUGUAUACAACAAAGUAUUUACUUGUUCUACUCACCUUCUAAACCACAAAAGAAUUCACAUUGCAGAGAAAUAUUAUGACCGGAAACAGUGUUGUAAAACAUUCAGUCAUCAUCAUAGAGGUGAAAGAACUCAUAAUGGAGAGAAAUCUUAUGAAUGUAAGCAAUGUAGGAAAACAUUCAGUCGUUCUAGUUCUCUUCGGAUACAUGAAAGAACUCACAGUGGAGAGAAACCCUAUGAAUGUAAACACUGUAGUAAAACAUUCAGUUAUUCCAGUUAUCUUCGGGCACAUGAAAGAACUCAUAGUGGAGAGAAACCCUAUGAAUGCAAACAAUGUAGUAAAACAUUCAGUUACUCCAGUUAUCUUCGGGUACAUGAAAGAACUCAUAGUGGAGAGAAACCCUAUGAAUGCAAACAAUGUGGUAAAACAUUCAGUUAUUCCAGUUAUCUUUGGGCACAUCAAAGAACUCACAGUGGAGAGAAACCUUAUAAAUGCAAACAAUGUAGUAAAACAUUCAGUCAGCCUGGUUCUCUUAGGGUACAUGAACGAACUCAUAGUGGAGAGAAACCCUAUGAAUGUAAACAAUGUGGUAAAACAUUCAGUCAGGCCAGUUAUCUUAGGAUACAUGAACGAACUCACAGUGGAGAGAAACCCUAUGAAUGUAAACAAUGUAAUAAAACAUUCAGUUAUUCCAGUACUCUUUGGGCACAUGAAAGAACUCACAGUGGAGAGAAACCCUAUGAAUGUAAACUAUGUAGUAAAACAUUCAGAUAUUCCAGUUCUCUUCGGGCACAUGAAAGAACUCACAGUGGAGAGAAACCCUAUGAAUGUAAACUAUGUAGUAAAACAUUCAGUCAGUCUGGUCAUCUUUGGAGACAUAAAAGAACUCACAGUGGAGAGAAACCCUAUGAAUGUAAGCUAUGUAGUAAAGCAUUCAGUCGAUUGAGUUAUCUUCAGAAACAUGAAAGAACUCAUAGGGAAGCCCUGUUAACAUCAACUGUUUCAGAUGAUGUGGGUGGAAAGGGACUCACAUUUCAAAUCAGUUUGGAAGUUAGUCCAACUCCUAUGCAAAACAUACUGGAGAUUCAUCAGAACACUAGAAAUACACCUAUUUUAUCACCUCCCAAUCUCUCCUAGGGAUUUACGUAGGGAAAAUAAAAGUACCUAUGUAUAUCAAUGUUUACAGCAAUAGUCUAAUGUCCCAAAUUUGGAUGCUAUCCAUGAUAACCAGAUAGCAGAUGAAUUGCUAUGCAAUGUCUGCUACAUAAGCCUAAUGCAGUACUAUGCAGCUUGUAAAAAUGAUGAGCAUCACCUUUGCUAUAACAUUGUCACAGCCUGAAAGCAUCCUGUUGAGUGAGACUAAGCAGAUAAAGACCAAUACCAAAUGGUCUCACCUAAGGAUGGAAAUAAAAAAAACAGUCAAGGAUAAAUUAAGGUGAAUCUUGAAGUAGGUGUGGUGUAGGUCUCCAAAAACUGUUGGCAAGGAGGAAAAGGGACAGAAUCAAUAGUUAUUUAGAUCUGGUUGUUCCUGUGCAUUAAAAUUUAGACUGUAAAACUGAUGUCCUUACAAAAUAAAAGAAAAAUACAGAUGUG